AUGAAUGACACAGUAUCCAACCGAAUUGUAAAUUCUGUGUUCCAGGUUCUUGUUGACGGAAGCAAACAGAACUAUAUUGGCGAAAAAAUUUCACAACUCGAACAUAGUCUUCAGGCGGCGGCUCAGGCACGUGAAGCAAACGCCGACGAUGAAACAGUCCUGGCUGCGCUCUUGCAUGACAUUGGACAAUUCGCAACUUCUGCUGAUCAAAAACAAAUGAUCUGUGACGCCUCCGAACUCACGGAACUGGAUCCAACGGCAACAAAAACGCCAGGAUACAAUGCAACAAUCAGUGUGGGAGUAACUGGACACGAACGUAUCGGCGCCGAGUAUCUCCGAAAACUAGGUUUUUCUGAAAAAGUGGCCCAGUUAGUGGAAUCGCAUGUCCCGGUCAAGCGUUAUCUCACUGGCAAGGAUAACACGUACUACGAUGGCUUGAGUGGUGCUAGCAAGUUGUCUUUGAAAUAUCAGGGAGGCCCAUUUACCCCUAACCAGGUGAAAGCGUUUGAACAGGAUCCUCUUUUUCAUUUGAAAAUUCAAGUACGCAAAUGGGAUGACGCUGCCAAGGUUGUUGGUCUUCAGGUACCUGACCUUGAGUCAUAUCGUGCGAUGGCUGUGAAGCAUCUUAUGGACCAAGCAGUGUCUGUUAGAUCAGCAUAG